ACUUCCAGAAAGAGGGGCUGAGGGGAGACUUCCAGAAAGAGGGGCUGGAGAGAACUCUACAGCCUUCCUCCUCUCACAGCAGGAACAGGACUACACUGAGCAAAUGUUUCCCAAGGUGAAGGUUCCCAAGUUUGCAACCCUUCAGCCUAGUUUUCUGAAGAACUUGAAGACGGUGAUACCAACAGUGGGAGUUGAGGAGAUACCUGAGAAGAGUAAGAGAGCAGAGAUGACUGUGAGGAUGCUGAGACACAUGCACAGCCAGUCCCUUACCAACAUGGCUGUCUCUCAGAGACUGCUACUGGACAGAGACAGACACUCACUGUGCUGCUACUGGGAACAGAAGAGGAGUUUCCAAGAUCUGACGCAGUAUGUAUUUCCGAGUGUUCACUCUGACGAAGAGAAGAUGAAGAGUUGUGCUGGGAACCUCCCUCCUCUCCUUCCUCUCCCUCCUCUCCCUCCUCUCCCUCCUCUCCUUCCUCUCCUUCCUCUCCCUCCUCUCAUUCCUCUCCCUCCUCUCCCUCCUCUCCCUCCUCUCCCUCCUCAGCUGUCCUACCAGGAAGGGACCAGGAUCGACCCAGAUGAUUCAGAGGUCCCUAGCCUGGCCCUGGAAGGGCUUGGGCUGAGGACCAUACCCUCUGCUGUAAACACAGAAAUAUGUAGCAAGACUCCUGAGCCUUUAUCCAUAGAAGAUGUGUGUCAACGCAACCCUUCAGGGGUGAUAAAUUGUGGAUAUAAGCUUUGGAGGAAUUAUGACGAGGAGACAGCCUAUUGAGUAUCUUCUUUGGAUGUGAAGGCCACUAGGCUACACCAAUCACCAAUCACCAAUACCAUGAACAAGAUAAAAAGAUUAUGAUAUUAUGUAUUAUUUUGACACCAGUUCACUGAGAGACCAGUUCACAGAGACCAGUUCACUUAGAUACCAGUUCACUUAGAGACCAGUUCACUGAGCGACCAGUUCACUGAGAGACCCGUUCACUUAGAGACCAGUUCACUUAGAGACCAGUUCACUGAGAGACCAGUUCACAGAGACCAGUUCACUUAGAUACCAGUUCACUGAGAGACCAGUUCACAGAGACCAGUUCACUUAGAUACCAGUUCACUUAGAGACCAGUUCACUGAGAGACCAGUUCACUGAGAGACCCGUUCACUUAGAGACCAGUUCACUUAGAGACCAGUUCACUGAGAGACCAGUUCACUUAGAGACCAGUUCACUUAGAGACCAGUUCACUGAGAGACCAGUUCACUUAGAGACCAGUUCACUUAGAUACCAGUUCACUUAGAUACCAAUUCACUUAGAGACCAGUUCACUGAGAGACCAGUUCACUUAGAUACCAGUUCACUUAGAUACCAGUUCACUUAGAUACCAGUUCACUUAGAGACCAGUUCACUGAGAGACCAGUUCACUUAGAGACCAGUUCACUUAGAUACCAGUUCACUCUGGAUUCCUAUUGUGUUUGUCUUCGACUAUAUCAACAACAACAACAAAACAAUAUAGAUUGUAAAAUUACAAAUGUUUUUACAAAUAAAAUGUAUUAUUAGCAGUAUGUGUUUUACUUAUAGAAUGUAUCAUCAACAAUAUGAGUAAAGAACUAAAGGAAAAUAACGAAUAGAAAAGCAAUUAUUUAACUACCAAUCAUUUUUUAAGAGAAAUAUAACCCAUGUGUAUUUAGAACGACACUUUCUACUCAUUUAUGCUAAUAAUAAAAAAAAUAAAAAAAAUAAAUAAAACUUGCUAAGAAGUAGUUUUUUGGACGGACCUGUUGCUAUGGUUAUUGUUUAAUCGUUAAGGCCUGGACUGCAUUUCCUGUGUUUUGUCACCUAGCUGACUACAUCCCAGGACUCGAAACUAGCGUCUAUAAUAAUAGGGCUCACCUUUAAUCAUGGCCUUCGUGGGAAAUGGUUUGUAAAUUAUUUCAGUCAGGACUAUUAUUGACGAGGAAAAGCAGCAAAAUGUUUUAAAUAAUGUGGUAAAAUAUAACCUGCUUUAUUGGAGGAAAACGUCCAAGUAUGUAUUUUGCAGAGAAAGUUUUUUUUUUUUAAACAAAUUUAAUUAAAAUAUCUUCUAUCUACCUGAUUAGAGAUUGAGCAUCAGUAAUAAAUGUAUUUAUGCAUUAGACUAUAGGUCUGAGUCCUACCCAUCAGAACAUACAGUCUUCAGUAUAGAGCUUAGUAAAACUAUAAAGAAAUACCUUAAAGUUAAAAUCUCAGUUUCUUUCUGCAGGUGUGUCUUUGAUAUAGGCUACUGUAUGUGUAAAUGUGGACAGAUUGAAGUAAUAAAGCAAUUCAAAUUGGCUGGUGAGCCAUCGACUUCAGACACAUUAUACCCAUCCUUCCUAGUCCGACUCAUAGGGCCGCACUCAACCAAUGGCUGAUCAGACAGCAUACAUCAGAGCAAAGAACAGCCAACCAGCGAUCAUCCAGAACUAUCCGGCGAUGGACUGAUUUAGGAGUAGGCUAUAUAUUAGGAAACUUUCAAUCGAAUGGAGAAGAUUGAUAUAUCCAAGAGGUACAGUGGGGCAAAAAAGUAUUUAGUCAGCCACCAAUUGUGCAAGCUCUCCCACUUAAAAACAUGAGAGAGGCCUGUAAUUUUCA